AACACCGAAAGGGAAACGAGUGAGGAAAGGGGCGGCCGUCGACCUGAGAACACACUGGCCGAACAGGGAGGGAGAGAGAGUGAGAGAGACGAUGUGGAGAAGGGUUUGCGUCGCCCCUCGGCGAUCCGCUCUCGCGAAACCUCAUCCUUCGGCCGCCGACCUUCGUGGCCGCGCCCUCUCCCCCUUCCCGCCCUCCCCGAAGCCGGCAGUGUUCUUCUCCUCCGUUUCAGGUGAUGGAUCGUUGAAGAAGAGGGUGGAGGACGUGAUGCCGAUUGCCACCGGGCUCGAGCGCGAGGAGAUCCAGGCAGAACUGGAGGGAAAGAAGCGGUUCGAUAUGGAUGCCCCCGUAGGCCCCUUCGGCACCAAGGAAGCACCUGCUGUUAUCCAAUCUUAUUAUGACAAGAGGAUAGUUGGCUGUCCUGGUGGUGAAGGUGAGGAUGAACAUGAUGUUGUCUGGUUUUGGUUGGAGAAAGACAAGCCUCAUGAAUGCCCUGUGUGCUCACAAUACUUUGUGCUGGAAGUGAUUGGUGAGGGAGGGCCCCCAGAUGGACAUGGUGAUGAAGAUGAUCACUGAACGUGGCGCUGAAUCAUGCAAGAAAUAAAAUAUGGUGAGGGGGGAAGUCUUCUCUGUUGUGUAGCUUCAGACAACUUUUUGGCAUCUUCAAUUUUCUUGCCCAAGUGUGGCUUAUGUUUUUGUUUGAAUUUUUCUUUUUGGCUACCAUCAAGACCAUCAAUUAUCAAUGGACUCUUGGGGUUUCAGUGCAUUGUCAAAUAAUAUACUGGCCACAUUAGAGACC